AUGGGUCCACGUAUGGAUAUAGCUUAUGGGAAGUCUAUUACAAAGCUUCACUAUGAUAAAUCUGAUACAGUGAAUGUCCUGACACAUACAGAAUCUCCUGUCCUUUCAUCCACAAAGCUUAACAAUACCAAAAUGGUGAAACAUCAAGAUGAAGCUUUAGUUUGUGAGGAGGAAGGUGCUCUGUGGGACAUAUUCAGGAGGCAAGAUAUACCUAAAUUAGAGACAUAUCUUAGGAAUCACUCGAGUGACCUUAUGCAUGCUGAUUGUCUUGCAUUUGACAAGAUUGUUCACCCUAUACAUGAUCGGAUAUUUUACCUGAACACUGAACAUAAAAGGAAGCUGAAAGAGGAAUUGGGAAUCGAACCAUGGAGCUUCAAACAAAAGUUGGGUGAUGCUGUUUUUAUUCCAGCUGGUUGUCCGUAUCAAGUUAGAAACUUGAAGUCAAGUACAAAGAUUGAACUCAACUUUGUUUCACCUGAGAGUCUUGGUGAAUGCAUCCGCUUACAACACGAACUCCGUAUGCUUCCCAACAAUCACAGGGACAAACAAAAUAAGCUAAAUAUUGGGAAAAUGAUGCUAUAUGCAUUAGACCAUGCUAUGAUGGAUUUGGCAGGUGUUAGUGAUUCAAACGACCCCAUUGAUGAUCUGAAGGUACCUGAGACUUCAAACGAUGAUCAUGCAAAUAAUUUCAAUAAUAGCAAUGGUUGGGUGAAUGAUACUGAGAGCGGUGACAAUUCUGACCAGAUCAGCAAUACCGAUCAUACAGUUGAUCAUGCUCAUGAAGCUUCUAGAACAUUGAUGCCUGAUGAAGGAUUGUGGCGGGGGAAUGCUGUUGGGCUGGAGGUGAAAAAGCUACUGGAGGCUGUUGAGCACCAAUACCCAGACACAUUUCAAGGGGUUCAAAUUCGAGCAAAAGAAAUGUGGAUUUCCAUUUUGAAAGAAUUCCAUGUGGUCAUCAAAAGUUUUCUGGAAACAUCCGUUGCUGAACUGGCGGAGGACCGGUUAGCUACCCUUCGGGAGGAUCUCAAAGAAUUUGAGAGGUUUGGUUUUGAUCUGUCGUGGGCCCACAAGAGGAUAGACAUGGUUGAGAAGCUUAAGUUUGGAAACGAGCCUUUACAACAAGAGUUGAUGGCGUUGAAAGAAUCGUUAGAGCCACUGAAGGAAAGGUUAGGUGGGAGAUGGAAACAGUUUGUAGAAGCUCAGGAGAUGUUGAAGGUGGCUCAGUUAGAGUAUGAUAAUGCUUCAGAAGCUCUGAAGAAGAAGGCACGGGAGGUGGCACACAAAUUUGGUGAUGAAUAUGAUCAGGUAUUGAAGGGCCAUCUUGGUUUCGGUAUGUUGCAAGGCUACUAA